AAUUCAACUUGCCCUUCCUUUUCCUAUCUCUUCUCUGUUCAACGCGCCCUUCCUCCUCAUCGCGCGUAUCCCGCCAAAUGUCCUCGUCGCCGCCACCGCGAGACGUCCUGGACGACGCUGAGAGAUCUCCUCUCGAGGAUGAGCUCGCAGCUUCUCCUCCUAGGAAUAGUACAGAGCCAGAGGCAGGCACUUCAGCCGUUCCUGUCAAACGCGGGAGAGGUCGGCCCAAGGGCAGCAAGAACAAGAAGACCUUGGGUAGCCCAGCGACUCCCACAACCCCGACCGUCCCUCGGAAACGGGGACGUCCUCCCAAGGAGAAGAAAGACGACGAGGAACCUCGUCCCAAACGCCCUAGGGGCAGGCCUCCAAAGAACCCCAAACCAGAGGGUUCCACCGCAGCCCCAGCUGCUUCUGCUUCUGGAGAUGGCGCUCCAGUGAAACGAAAGCGAGGUCGUCCUCCCAAGAACCCGCCUGCUUCGACAACCUGAUUCGUGUAUGCGGCGCUUGCUUGUGUGCUAUCCCACUGACUUGUCCCGUCCACCAACCAAACCCUUGCUUAGUACUCCUCUAUGAACCCCGGCAUGACCUGUGUUGCUUUCUUUUCUGCGUUUAUGCAGUCGAACUUGUCUGCUUUCGCUUGGUUUUCUGGACUCUUCAACCCUUGGUUAUCUUCUCUCUCUGCUCCUUUCUCCUGCUCUUUCGCUUUCAUUAUUUAUCGCUGCUGUACUAUUAUGAACAUAGAGCUGGCUUCCUUGUACAACAGCAUGUCUAGUGUAGUAUGUCAACCGUCUUUUAAAUGGGGCACCGA